AUGCUGGUAAACACGGAUCAGCAUGGAGCAGUUCGGUCUGAUGAUCCGUUGAAUUGUCCGCCCAAGUGUGAAUCUACCGUUGUCUGUGGUAGACUCGAGGAGGAAGAUGUUGGCGCAGCCUCGUCAGGAAGAAGAGCUUUUGUUGCCCCCGACGGUGGAUUUCAAGCUUGGCUUCAAGUUGUCGGGGCUUUCUUCGUCUCGUUCAAUUCGUGGGGCAUAGUCGGGACAUUCGGGGUGUUCCAAACAUUCUACGAAACCUCGCCGUCGUCCAUCCUCCUACAAAGCAGCCCAUCUCAGAUCUCUUGGAUAGGAUCCAUGCAGGCGUUUCUCCUUCUGCUUGUCAGUGUUCUCAGUGGACCGGCCUUUGACUCGGGCCACAUGAAAUUCCUGCUAGCAUCCAGUCUUUUCUGCACACCCCUCGGCUUCAUGAUGACCAGCAUCAGCUCCGAAUACUGGCACGUCAUGCUUGCCCAAGGCCUCUGUAUAGGCGUGGGCCUCGGGGCCGGCUUCACGCCCUCUGUUUCGAUUGUGCCACAGUAUUUCCUCAGAAGGAGAGCGACCGCCCUAGGAAUGGCGGCCACCGGCGCGAGCAUUGGCGGAGUGGUUUAUCCCAUCCUCUUCCACGCAUCACUCGACACACUCGGCUUCCGCUGGUCCUGUCGCAUCCUGGGCUUCGUCUCCGCCGCCACGCUGGCCAUCCCGUUUCUGGUGUUGAGAAACCAGGUCGGUUUCAGCGCGGCACAGAAAAGGCGUCUGAUCGACCUCGCUGCGCUGCGCAAUCCGCACUUCGUCGUCUAUUGUCUGGCCAUGUUUCUGAUCUUCCUGGGCUUUCUCAUUCCAAUGUUCUAUGUGCAAUCCUUUGCCAUCUCGAAGGGCAUCGUCGGUAACGUCGUCAACGUCGAUGAUGGUGAUGGUGAUGGUGGUGGCUAUGGUGACGGUCAUGGUGAUGGCUUAGCUUUCUACCUUCUGCCCAUCCUCAACGCCGGCUCGACCCUGGGCCGCCUUCUUCCCAAUUACGUAGUCGAUCGCUGCGGUCCGUUCAACGUCCUCCUACCUCUCACCACGGGGUCGGCCAUCCUGGCACUAUGUUGGCCGUCUGUCCAGUCGACGGGGGGCAUUGUCGUAUUUGCGUCGUUGUACGGCUUUUUCACCGGCGGAAUGGUCUCGGCCACCGCCGUGCCCAUCAUCUCGUUCGCCAACAACCAACGAAACGUCGGCACUUAUGUCGGCAUGUGCUUCUUCUGCACUGCAUUCGGCCUUUUGGCAGGGCCCCCAUCAGCAGGCGCCAUCCUGACCCAAUCCAACAAUUACCUGGGCCCGUCGCUGUUUGGCGGCAUCGCUCUCCUGCUUGCUAGCUUCCUGCUCGUUGCUAUCCGCCUGAGGAUGGUUGGUUGUGUUGCUGCCGUCAAGGUGUGA